AUGGACUGCUUCCCUGAGGUAGCGGCCUCCUUCCUGUCCUACCUGCAGGAGAUCGGGGUGCGCGACAGCCGGCGCACCGACUUUGUGGCGCUCCUGGACGAGUUCGCCUCGCGCAUCUACGAGGAGCUCGACUACGAGAAGGAGUGCGCCAACGGCCUGCAGGUGGAGCAGGACAUGGCCCACCUGGAGCGCGUGGUCAUCCCGACAAACUACCCGCAGUAUUGCUCGCGCAAG